AUGGCGUCAAUGACGUCGGUCGCCCGCGCAUUGCGGUCCACACCAACUGCACACACGACCACCUACUCUAUCCUCCGAUCGCACCCACGUCCUCGUUUGCUUCCACACUUCAAUUCCCCUCAGUUCGCUCGAUUUGUACACCCCGGUGCCUACCAGCCUUUCGUCCCGCCGUCCCCGAGCGAGCUCGGGAAACCCGCCCCCGCGAAGACCUACGAUCGGUCCCGCAAAUGGCUCCGACGCCUUGUCUAUCUGUCGCUAGCCACCGGCGUGGUCUAUGCGAUCGAUACCCAGUUCUACGCAUCCUCCCUGACGAGAACAGCCCGGACCUUCACCCUAGGUCUAAUUGUGGCGCUGGACUAUAAGAUCAAUUUCCGCCCAAAUCCUCUCCUCGCCAAGUCCAUCAAUCAUCUACACACGCGCAACGCCGAGAGACUGUCAGAUUUGCUGCGGCAGAAUGGCGGCCUCUACCUCAAGAUCGGUCAAGCAGUCGCGAUGCAGUCGGCCAUCCUGCCGCCCGAGUUCCAGAAAAUGUUCUCGCGUAUGUUCGACGAUGCCCCGCAGAACGAUUGGAAGGACGUGGAGAAGGUCAUCCGUGAGGAUUUCGGCAAGUCCCCGGAGGAAGUCUUUGGCGUGUCGUUCACAGGCGAUCCCACUAAAGGUGUCAUGGAGCGCAGGGCCAGAGCCAGCGCCAGUGUAGCGCAGGUUCAUUGGGCUCGCUUGGCCGAUGGAAGGGAGGUUGCGGUGAAGGUCCAGAAGCGGGAAAUUGCGCAGCAGAUUCAAUGGGAUCUAUGGGCGUUUAAGGUCGUGACCUGGGUCUACAGCCGUGUGUUUGAUAUCCCGUUUUACUCUUUGGUUCCCUAUGUCAGCGAGCGCCUAUUUCUGGAGACGGACUUCGAGAAUGAAGCUGAUAACUCGGAGCACAUGGCCAGACUCGUUGCAGGGGAGUCGCGCCUCCGCAAUCGUGUCUACAUCCCCAAGGUCUAUCGUGAACUGAGCUCCAAGCGGGUCAUGACCGCGGAAUGGAUCGAGGGUGUUCGCCUCUGGGAUAAGGAUGCUAUCACACGCUCCUGGCGCGGCGGUUGGCGGCAGGGUAGCCCAGGAUGCCACGGGACCCCAAUGGACUCCCCACAGUCCAACAGCACA